CUAUCUGUUGCUGAAAAACAGAGACUUGAAGAAACAACAAGACGAAGAAAAAAGAGGGAGAAGAAUUUACAUUUUUUCAGCGCAUUAUUUUCCUCCCUCCGCAAAAAGUCUUCAAUCACAGUAAUGACGUAAAAACAUUUCUCAUUUGAAAGUUUCUGUCCAAGGAAACAAGAGAAAAAAGAGUAAAAUAUGGAGUGCAUCGGAGCUCGGAACUUUGCAGCAAUGGCCGUCUCCACUUUCCCUACGUGGAGGUCUCGAAGGAGAAUACUAAAAGGCGAACAGAGACACCUAAGCAAUCGGUGUAGUUGGUGCAAAGUGAAAGCGAGUGGUGUAGGAAGCGAGAGCUGUGUGGUUGUUAAAGAAGAUUUUGCAGACGAGGAAGAUUAUAUAAAGGCCGGUGGCUCUGAGCUUCUUUUUGUGCAAAUGCAGCAAAACAAGUCUAUGGAGAAGCAGUCUAAAUUAGCCGAUAAGUUACCACCCAUAGCAGUUGGAGAUGAUAUACUUGAUUUGGUGGUUAUUGGCUGUGGCCCAGCUGGUCUAGCUUUGGCUGCAGAAUCAGCUAAGGUAGGAUUAAAUGUUGGACUUAUUGGUCCAGAUCUCCCUUUUACAAAUAACUAUGGCGUGUGGGAGGACGAAUUCAAAGAUCUUGGACUUGAAGGGUGUAUAGAGCAUGUUUGGCCAGACACGAUUGUGUAUCUUGACAAUGAUAAUCCUAUUAUGAUUGGGCGUGCUUAUGGAAGAGUUAGCCGGCAUCUACUUCAUGAAGAGUUGUUAAGGAGGUGUCUCGAGUCAGGUGUUUCAUAUCUUAGCUCGAAAGUGGAAAGAAUAGUGGAAGCUGCCGAUGGUCAUAAUCUUGUUGCCUGUGAAGAUGAUAUUUUAAUUCCCUGCAGGCUUGCCACUGUCGCAUCUGGAGCAGCUUCAGGGAAACUCUUGCAGUAUGAGGUGGGGGGUCCAAGAGUUUCCGUCCAAACUGCAUAUGGUGUAGAGGUUGAGGUGGAAAACAAUCCAUAUGAUCCAAAGCUGAUGGUUUUCAUGGACUACAGAGAUUAUGUUAAUCAAGAAGUUCGAUCUUUAGAAGCUCAAUAUCCAACUUUUCUAUAUGCAAUGCCCAUGUCGUCAACUAGAGUCUUCUUUGAGGAAACUUGCUUGGCUUCAAAAGAUGCUAUGCCUUUCGACUUGUUAAAGAAAAAGCUCCUGUCAAGACUAGAGACAAUGGGAAUUCGAGUUUUGAAAAUCUAUGAAGAGGAAUGGUCUUAUAUUCCAGUUGGUGGUUCUUUGCCAAACACUGAGCAAAAGAAUCUUGCUUUUGGUGCUGCUGCUAGCAUGGUGCAUCCAGCCACAGGGUACUCAGUUGUUAGAUCAUUGUCCGAGGCUCCAAAGUAUGCUUCAGUAAUUGCAAAAAUAUUGACACAGGAUCACUAUAAAAGCAAGCUUACCUCUGAAAGGAGUAAUACGAACAUCUCAAUGCAAGCUUGGAAUACUCUUUGGCCACAAGAAAGGAAACGUCAGAGAGCAUUUUUCCUCUUUGGACUGGCACUCAUAAUCCAGCUGGACAUUGAUGGUAUUAGGACAUUCUUUCGUACUUUCUUCCACCUACCUGACUGGAUGUGGCAGGGUUUUCUUGGCUCUAGUCUCUCGUCUGCAGACCUCAUACUUUUUUCCUUCUAUAUGUUUAUCAUAGCACCAAAUGAUAUGAGAAUGUGCCUCGUUAAACAUCUACUUUCAGAUCCUACUGGAGUAACCAUGAUAAGAACAUAUCUCACACUAUAGCAAAUCUCUUUGUUUUAUAUUUGGAAUGGGAGAUAAUGCAAGAUACACGAGGUGGUUGCCCAA